ACCUCCACCUCUCUCUCUGAUUCGGGACCCCGGGCCCCCGUUGCCAUAGCGCCUCAAUUUCCCAGACUACACCGCUUCUUGUAUAUCCGCCAUAUUGCCUUCGCCUAAAACGCGCUGGCUGGAUCGGUUCGUACAUACAACUGAAAAUUGUUGCAGUGAUGACUCAGACAGUUCAGACCAACGGGGUUCAACCCCUCAGUAAGACCUGGGAGCUGAGUCUGUAUGAGCUCCAGAGAACUCCACAGGCACAGGAGGCUAUAACAGAUGGACUGGAAAUUGCAGUGUCGCCCAGGUCCUUGCACAGCGAACUUAUGUGUCCUAUCUGCCUGGACAUGUUGAAGAAUACAAUGACAACCAAAGAAUGUCUGCACCGCUUCUGCGCUGAUUGUAUCAUCACAGCUUUAAGAUCUGGUAAUAAAGAGUGUCCCACCUGUCGUAAGAAGCUGGUGUCCAAGAGGUCGCUGCGUCCAGACCCUAAUUUUGAUGCUCUAAUUAGCAAGAUUUAUCCCAGCCGCGACGAGUACGAAGCCCACCAAGAGAGAGUGUUGGCUCGCAUUAGCAAACACAACAACCAGCAAGCCCUGUCCCACAGCAUAGAGGAGGGGCUAAAGAUACAGGCCAUGACCAGACUGCAGCGUGGUAAGAGACACACAGUGGAGAAUGGUAGUGGAGCUGAGGACAACGGAGACUCCUCCCACUGUAGCAACGCUUCUGUCCACAGUAACCAGGAGGCAGGUCCGAGCAUUAAGCGCACCAAGACGAGUGACGACAGCGGUUUGGACAUGGAUAACGCUGCUGAGAACGGGGGCGGGGACUCUGUGAUCGAUGGUGGAGCCAGCGAAAUAGAACUGGUGUUCAGGCCACAUCCCACCCUGAUGGAGAAGGAUGACGGUCACAACAGCGUGGAGUUUGUCCCUCGCUACAUUAAGACGUCCGGCAACGCGACAGUGGAUCACCUGUCUAAAUACCUGGCCGUCAGACUGGCUCUGGAGGAGUUGAGAAGAAACGCAGAGGCUAGUCCUGUUAAUGUGGAGGCAGCUUCAGAGAAACAGUACACCAUCUACAUCCCUACUGCUGCAAACCAGUUCACUGUUCUCAAUGGUUCCUUCUCCCUUGAGCUGGUCAGCGAAAAGUACUGGAAGGUGAACAAACCCAUGGAGCUCUACUUUGCUCCCACUAAAGAACACAAGUAGACACACAUAAAACACACACACACACACACACGCACACACAUACACACACACACACACACACACACACUCUCACACACUCACACACACACUCACCAGUAGGAAGUAAACAUAAUGGACUUGACUACACUUGCACACACAGAAAGAGGAGGAGAGGAAUAUGUGUGUCUGAAGGAGAUGAGAGGGGUUGGUGAAACCCUCUAAAAGGACUCUUGUAAAAAGAAAACCCCUGUUUUAUAUUCUCUGUAUCUUUUCUCUGUGUCUCUUUCUAUCUUUCUCUCAGUAGAAGGUAGCAGAUCAGUACAGCAGCCAGUAGGUACAGUACAUGGUAUCGGGCUGUUAACAGUAUUUGUAGAUUCUCUCCCAACUCUUAAAACCACAGUCCGUUCACAGUCUGAAUCAGCGAUGUUUAGUUUCCCAAAUAGAAACAUUGUAUUAUACUGUAUUUGUCUUCAGCAAAGGCCCCUUUAUACUAGGGGAUUUGGUCUGUUCCAGAUAAAAGAGUGAUGUCACUGUGAGACACCUCCACCAAUGGAGACCAAGACCACCCGUGUCAACAUUCUUACAGCAUCUGAAAUUAAGGACCAUAUUGUCAAAAUUGGACUGGAGCUCGGAAAACGUAAUAAAUUUCAGAGUUCACUGAAGACCUAAUUAUUAUGAGACGGAAUCACUACUGAACACUUCAUGUUGAAAUUGAAUUUGUAACAGAAAUAUUUUACUCUGAGAGCCAUCUAUCUAUCUGCCUGCAUGUGUGUUGGAUUCCCCUCUUUGAAAUGUUCAAGUCAUUUCAGGUUUUGUGAUUUUAAAAAAUAGUUUCGAGAGUCUGGGGGUUGCUAGUCGUUCAUCUGAACUCUUCUUUCUGAGAUGAAUGAAAUCGAUCAGACCGAUCCAGGCCCCAUUGAUUAUCCUUUAUAGCCCGAAUGUUUAAAGCUAGGGUCGGUAAUGUUGGGAAACUAGCAAGAGUACACUAGAUUUAAAAAAAAAAAAAUGAUCCAACCUAAGAACCCAGCCCUAAAUCUAGAGAGAAACAACUGACAGUCAGUCCCUUCAGAGCCACUCCCCUGAAAUGAUCAUAAUGAACGUAAACACCAGCAUGGCUGCUGUUAGUGCUCACAGCUGUCGGCAGCAGCUGGUGGAAGACUCCAACAAAUGUUUUUUGAAGAUGACCAACUCUAGUUUGAAGUUUAAAAAAAUGUCAUUGUGAAUUUCUCAAAUCCUAUAUAAGCAACUUGGAUGUUCACUAUUUUACUGAAACUUUUGGAUCUGAAUCUUAAAUAUAUUUGUUUUUGAAUAUUGGGACAUUUUUCUGUCUGAAAUUGUGAAAUGAGCUACUUGCGACAUUUUCAAGAGGGAAAUUCAGACGGAAGUUUUUCAAAGUAAAAUAUUCAUGUGUUAUUCAAGUAAAAUGUUUACAUUUCAUAACUGCUUAUGAAAUUCAAAUGGUUACGGCCUUUUCUUUGCUUCCGUAGCCGAUCCUCUAAACUGAUAUGGGACAGUCAGACACAGAUAGUCCUAAAGCCAUGUGGCUUAGUGUAGAGGGGCCUUUGAGAAAGCACCUGUUAGACCAUAUGUUGAAUUCUACCAUGUGCGUUCACACUGAGGAACAUGACAGUUUUGACCAGCAGUGGGCAGUGCUAGCACAUCCAGUUGCAUCUAUAUAAUGAUAUGAAGCUACAAAGAUUGCCUCAGGCGUUUUGUUUUUUUCCGACAAUGUUGUAAGUGUUCUCUAAACCUUUUUUUUUCUUCUUUUUUUUUACACACGUCUUUCAAAUAAAACUAGAGAACGGUAAAGGUUUGAAUGGCUAAUCUUUUUGUCAGGAACUAAAUCACUAUACUGGGGAACAAGGGAGAGCACCGACUGAAUGGAGCUCUGGCCAGUCUUUGACCACCACGUGUGUGAACGCGUGUUAACAAUCCAGUUGCACCAUCAGCAGGCUGCUCUUCCUUUUGUCCGUAUUUAGAAUAUGUGUAGGGCAGAAUAAGUGGGCUCAGACUCCAGUGGGGGAGGAAGUGAAUUGUGACGGAGAAGCUCGUAGCUGUUGUCUUGAUCUGUUGCCUGUAGAAACAAAAGUGUCUAUCUAUAUCUGUGGCUUGUUCUUUUAUAAAUGUCUUUUUGUAACAUGGAGAGGAAUGAGUGUGUUUGAUUGGAGGCGGGGUGGGGUGGGAGGGUAUUUUUUGCAGCACCAUAGAUGGACCGUUGAAGUAUUCACUAUCUCCACAAACCUUCUCCUCACCAGCGGAAGGUCUUCAUCUACAGCUCAGAUGUUACAUCACAGAAUACACCAGGCUAUACCCUUUGUUUUUGGCAGGGUUUGGUUAAAUAUUUUAAUAAUGUGUUCCAGUCUCCAUGUAGCUAACUAACUGAGGGGGCUGAAAGUUCCACCAGAAUAGAAGCCCCGGGGAAUUAGUGACACUUUAUAAGAGAGCAAGAGUGAGUGGAUGUGAAGCCAGACAUAAUUGUACUACACUCUGCAUUUCAUCUUGGACAGGAUAAACCACAACCGUUACACUAACACAUACAUGAGUUUCAAACUGCUCUUUUAAACCGGCCUUUCUGUUUGUGGGUAAGAUGAUGCACCGAUAUGUGUGUGUGUCGCCAUAGCAGAGAAAUGUCAAGUUUGCAUGUAUGAAGCCCCUUACGUUGAUGUGCAGUAUUGCAAGGAGGAUGCCAGUGAAAUGUCAUUUGUGGUCCGUGGGCGCUAACGCUCAUGCUAACGGCCACUAGGAGGCACAUACACUAAUGUUGAAAUGAAUCUUUAACAGCCCAUAUCAUGUCCUACACUAAUGUCUGACUCAUGGACACCAAGGGCUCAUUACAAAAAUCCAAUGUUUUUUAGGUCAGAAGCAGCAUUCAUUGUUCCAUGAAAGGCUGGAACGUUUUCCCUCUCUCGUCAUUGAUGUCACAUGUUUGAUAUUCGGCGGGGCGGUUGCAACGUAACUCAUUUAUUUGAUUCAGGAGUCCUAACACCUGCAGCGUCAGCUGAUGGAUUAAAUGAAGACUACAUAAUCAGAGCACAGUAUCGUCACAUUCCUGGAUAAAUAUAUCACUGUAUUCAGUUCCAUUCAGGACGGAUCAGUCAAUAUUUGUGAGACUGUACUACAGUUUCCCCAAACCUAGAAACUACCGCGACUACUACUGCUCCACAUUCAUCUUGGUCCUUGUUAGCUUUUUGUGGAGCUUUCUACCGCAUCUCACGGUCUUCAUCGGCAGGCAGAGUUCUGAUUAUUUUGUCCGAUUCUUAUUUGGAUCAGAAGCUCCUGUUCUACUUGUUAAUGUGCCAACUCAGUUAAAAGCUUAUCGAUGCGAGUGUAGCCGACCGCACGCGUUGAAGGAUUGCAUCAGAUUUCCAGCUUUAGGAAAGAGCAAGUUCCACAAACUAAAGUGGCCUGAGGCAUGUGUCGAAGGUCAGAAAGAGCUUCACCCCAUCUCAUCUGGUACCUGGCUGUGUGUCUGUGUGUCUGUGUGUGUGGGGGACCUGUAUACUGCAUCUUUCUGUUUGGACAAUAAACCUGAAUCUGUGUGUUCAACAUGGAA